CUGUGAAAAUAUUCUAUCAGCUUCAACAUUGAACAAUAUCUCGCCAAUUUCUACUGUCCAUGUUUUAGCCCACAAAAUAAAUUGGCGCAUCCUGUAUCCGAUAAAUCUUUCAAUUCCUAAUAAUAUUUUAUCAAGCGCGUUGUUCCCAAGGUCAGCAUUUUUUUUUGAGUAGCUGCAAUUGUGCAUUGUGCCAAAAGUCCCUUCGAGGCUACUUGCAUCUCCCUUUAGUGAUCUAUCUCAACACUACUGUAGCUCAAAGCGCAUAAAGAAGGCAUCAUGUUUGGAAGUACUUUCGGCCAAAGCCAGCCAGCUGGCGGAGGUUUAUUUGGCUCAACAAACACAGCGCAAUCAACAGGAGGGUUAUUUGGCUCGACUACAGCUACGGGAACUCAGAACCAGGGAGGAGGGCUUUUCAGCGGGUUAGGGCAAAACGCUCAACAAAAUCAACCACAGCAGACCGGCGGGCUCUUUGGUGGAGGACUUGGGGCAAGCACUCAGCAGAAUCAGCCGCAAGCAGGAAGCUUAUUCGGACCAAAUACCCAACAGCCACAGCAGCAACCCGGAGGACUGUUCUCAGGACAGACUAUGGGAGCACAGCAGCAAGCAGCCCAACAACAGCAAAACACCAUUCUUGGAGGAUCACAACAACUAACUAGUUUAUUCGGGCAAACACAACCGUCGCAAGCUUUGGGGCAAUCACAAGGACAAUUUAACAACACCCUAUUUGGAGCCAGCGGACUGAGACCUCGUAUGUACCUACCAACUUAUUCGAAGCGCAGGCUAAUUCUUAUAUAGGAGAAAAGAGUGUCAUAGACCAGAUUGAAACAGUCGUGGGUAAAUGGGAUACUGGAAAUAAGGAUUGUGCUUUCCAAUAUUUCUUUUACAACAACGUCGGCGAGGACAGGGCGCCAUUCUACCAACCGCAGCCUAAUGAGGAUCCGAGAGCUUGGGAAGAAGCCCUCUCGAAGAAGCCAGGACCUGGGUAUAUCCCAGUAGCAUGUAUUGGUUUCCAAAUGAUGGGCGAGAGAAUCAAGGCUCAGCAACAGCACCUUGCAGCGUUCAAUAUUCGUCUACACGACAUAAAUGCUAGCUUGACGAACCUACUACAAACUCACGAUACGAGGACGAGUAUACGGGCAAUGGAUGCUAGGAGAAAGCAUGUGGUAUUAAAACAAAGGUGCCUGGCGUUGGCGACUAAAGUCCAGGUUUUAAGAAACAGAGGUUAUGCACUCAGUGGAGAUGAGGAGGACCUGAAAGCUAAGCUUAUCAGCAUAGAGAAAGGGGUUACUGAUCCCGCAUUGGGUGCCAGAGCAGAAGAGAUUUGGGCGCGAAUGAUCAACGUUCAAGAAAGAGGCCGGUUAUUAAGAACCGAGCUGGAGAAGGUUGGGCAAGAAAAUGGGGAGAUUUUGGACGAUACCAUGACCGCGCGAUGCAAGAAGGUACUGUCACAAUUUUCACUGAAAUUAUGAAUUUAUGCUAACUCGCAAAUCAGAUCCUGGAAGACUAUCAAACUCAAUUAGCACAUUUGAAAAAGGAGUUGGAUAGAGUACAUAAAGAUUAUAUCGAAUGGGAAAAGGAGCAGCCGCCACAGACAGCAGCGAGGACAACAUUUGGCCGAUGAUUGAUGCGAAAAUACCCAUGGUUAAUUUUUUGAUCGGAGGCUUAGACUUCAUGGAGUUGGUCGGCAUGUAAAAAAGAUAGAUAUUGUAUAAUAUGGAAGCUUGAUUAC